AUGUCGCCUGCCAAGGGAAGGCCCGAAAACCCGGACUUGAUCGUUGGCAUUGAUUUUGGUCUGACUGGUUUGGAAAAUCAAGCUGGAAAAGUGCCCUCCCUUGUUGUGCUUGAAGGCACGGACAGGGAAGCGAUUUGGGGCUUCUCAACUCGCAGAUAUGGCAACUCACCACAACAUCUAGUGUACUCACUCUUCAAGAAGCCUAUAGGCAGGGGUGAUGAAUCUGCUGGCGACGAUGCGAAUGGCGGUAAUCGACAAGACGAAGACAAUCUGGACAGUCCUGCUGAUCCAGACAAGAUCGUGGACGAAGAGUUUGAAUCCGACGACGACACUAUGAGCUUUCAUAAAGCCAAAGAGUGUCUCACACAGUAUUUGGCGGGUCUUUAUGCGUAUAUCAAGAAGAGGCUGUCGAGCAGACUGCCGGAGGGGACUGAAUGGCGGUCGAUGAACGCUUGGUUCCUCUUCAGCUAUCCAACGACAUGGGGCCCCGCCGCGAUCGAAAGAUUCAGCAAUAUUGUCAAUUCAUCGAGCUUCGGUAGUGAGGAGGGCCAUUGGGUCAAUGCCUCGUACAUGAACGAGGCCCAAGCCUCGAUGACUUCCUUCGCCACUGAAGGUUCGAGACCAGCUCCAGGGAAGGUUGUUAUCAUCGCCGACAUUGGUGGAGGUACUACUGACGUGAACAUAUACCAUGUUGACGAGGAUGACGGGAAGAAGGUGACGCUGAAAGGAGAGAUCAAGGCUUCUGGACAAGACUAUGGCUCGGUUAAUAUCGACGCCAGGGUUACGAUAAGGCUUCGCGAUCAAGUCAAGCACACUUUAUUUGAAGGCAUCUCUGCCUUCAAAAGCAUGACUUUGGCGGAACAAAAACGUGUAGCCCACGAACAGACGUUGACGAUCCUCAGACGACACGGUUAUGUUGCUACUAAGCAUGGUGUCGACAAGGACUCGCCGGCAGAUCUGGAGGAACGUUACCCACUCUCCCUCACAAGCUCCGCAGCUCCAAUCGUAACUCUGAAGUUUGAGAUGUACGGAGCUCUGAGGAGCGAGUUCAGAAAGGAGUGCAAGAGCAUCUAG